CAGCAGAGAGACCAAGUCACAUGUGUUUUAUUAUGUAUACGGAGAAUAAAAGAAAAAACAACUUAACAUUAGAAACUGUAUCCAACGAGGACUUCAGUGAAAAUCAUGACUUUUUGUAGACUUGAUGAAACAAUUUUAGCACAAAAACGCGAAUGACAUUUACUUUUGUAAAUACCGGUUUAUACCAAAAUUGAGUUUGUAAUAUUUAAUAUUAUGUGGUUGCUAUUUUGUUCCCAUUGCACAAGCAUUAAAUGAACAUACCAGAUCUAAAUAAUAAUGGACUGAUGCUAGGUUGUAAAACUUUUCCAUGACGACGAACUAUUCAUUUUGAGGAGCCUUCUGAAUUAACUACAGCGGAUUCUGUUAGCAUCGGCCAUGAUCACCAAGGAGAAAUCAAAAAAACAAGUGCAGCACCAACAUCAACCCAAGCGAACUACGACAGAGUAUCCCCCGCCUAAGCAUCCAGGCCUGCUCUCAUCCCUAGGCCAUCCCAUGACCACUUCCACCAAGAAUGCCGCGUUCAAAGCUUCAGCCUCUAUAAAUACAACCACCACUUCCGCAUUCAAUGCUUCAGCCUCCAGCAAGGCUACCACAAUUGCCGCAUUCAAUGCUUCAGCCUCCGGCAAUGCAACCACCAACGCCGCAUUCAAUGGUUCAGCAUCUGGCAAUGCAACCACCAUUGCAGCAUUCAAUGAUUCAGCCUUUAGCAAGGCUACCACAAAUACCACAUUCAAUGAUUCAGCCUCUGGCAAUGCAUUCACUAACGCCGCAUUUAAUGAUUCAGCAUCUGGAAAUGCAACCACUAACGCCGCAUUCAAUGAUUCAGCAUCUGGCAAUGCAACCACCAACGCCGCAUUCAAUGAUUCAGUCUAUAGCAAGGCUACCACAAAUACCACAUUCAAUGAUUCAGCCUCUGGAAAUGCAACCACCAACGCCGCAUUCAAUGAUUCAUCAUCUGGCAAUACAACCACUAACGCCGCAUUCAAUGAUUCAGCCUCCAGCAAGGCUACCACAAUUGCCACAUUCAAUGAUUCAGCAUCUGGCAAUGCAACCACUAACGCCACAUUCAAUGAUUCAGCCUUUAGCAAGGCUAUCACAAAUACCACAUAUAAUGAUUCAGCCUCUGGCAAUGCAAUCAACAACGCCGCAUUCAAUGAUUCAGCAUCUGGCAAUGCAACCACUAACGCCGCAUUCAAUUAUUCAGCCUCUGGCAAUGCAACCACCAACGCCCCAUUCAAUGAUUCAGCCUCUGGCAAUGCAACCACCAUCGCCGCAUUCAAUGAUUCAGUCUUUAGCAAUGCUACCACAAAUACCACAUUCAAUGAUUCAGUCUUUAGCAAGGCUACCACCAUUGCCACAUUCAAUGAUGCAGCCUUUAGCAAGGCUACCACAAAUACCACAUUCAAUUCUUCAGCCUCUGGUAAUGCAACCACCAACGCCGCAUUCAAUGAUUCAGCAUCUGGCAAUGCAACCGCUUACACCGCAUUCAAUGAUUCAGCCUCCAGCAAGGGUACCACCAUUACCACAUUCAAUGAUUCGGCCUUUAUUAAGACUAACACAAAUACCACAUUCAAUGAUUCAGCACAUAACAAGGCUACCACCAAUGCCGAAUUCAAUGAUUCAGCCUCUAGCAAAGCUACCACCAAUGCCACAUUCAAUUAUUCAGCCUCUAGCAAGGCUACCAAGAAAGCCGCAUACAAUACUACUAUAUCUGGCAUAUUCAACCCUAAUGCUGUAUACAAUGUUUUAGCCUCUGUCACUGCCACCUCCAAUGCCGCACACAAUGUUUCAACAUCUGGCAUAGCCACCAACAUUGCUGCCUACAAUGUUACAACCUCUGUCACUGCCACCACCAAUACCGCAUACAAUGAUGCAGCUGCUGGCAUAGACACCACCAAUGCCGCAUACAAUGCUACAACCUCUGUCACGGCCACAACCAAUGCCGCAUACAGUGCUUCAACAUCUGGCAUAGCCAAAACCAUUGCUGCAUACAAUGUUUCAACCUCUGUCACUGCCACCACCAAUACCACAUACAAUGAUACAGCUUCUGGCAUAGCCACCACUAAUACUGCAUACAAUGAUACAACCUCUGUCACUGCCACCACCAAUACCACAUACAAUGGUACAGCUUCUGGCAUAGCCACCACUAAUGCUGCACACAAUGCUACAACCUCUGUCAUGGCCACAACCAAUGCCGCAUACAAUGCUACAGCCGCUGGCAAGAGCACCACUAUUGCUUCAUACAAUGAUACAGCUGCUGGCAUAGACACCACCAAUGCUGCAUACAAUGCUACAACCUCUGGCACUGCAACUCAUAUAAGCACAAGUAUGACAACGCUGACCGCAGCAUCUUCUGUCAGUCCGGACAAGCUCGGAGUUAACACAACCACAAUUGCCGGCGGGGUCACUGGUGUGUUGGGGCUACUGAUCCUAGUGGUGCUCGUGAAGGUUUUUAAAAAUAAUCAAACAACGAGACAUUUUGAUGAUGUCGAUGUACCUGACACCAAAACAGACUUCACAAAAUAAACACCGUUUCAAAUACUCAGCCAGUAAUGAUGAGGUUUACAUAGAGGACGACGUAAC